AUCACCACCUCCUCCCCUUCAAUUCUCUUGCAUACUCCUCAAGCCGGCCCUCUCUAGGUGCAUCCAUAGCUCCCGUCUCGCCGCUUGCAGCCCCUGCACGCCCAUAACCAGGACCCCGCAAACAAAUGGCCUCUUUCUUCGCAAACGUUCGCCAAGGACUGGCCGGCCGCUCCAGCAAAGGCCAGCAAGGCAAAGGCGGCUCUUCGUCACCAACGGCUUCAUACUCUGCUUCGCCAACUUCUCAGCACGCCCCAAACCAACCGCCUAUGCCUGGUUCGCCUGCUCUGUCAUCCAACAUGUCGUUCGAAGGCCCGCCAUCGGAGGGGUCCGUGCCAUCUGGCUCUCGCAGACCGCCUUUCUUUUUCCGCGAGGAAUACUCCAACUUGAUUGUCAAGGGUAAUUUCAUGACGCUGGCUGCAAAGCCCAAGCUCGUUGAGGAGGGCGAAUGGCUCGCUCAUCAAGUUGUCGAGCAGUACAGACUGCUAGAGCAAAUGAUUGAAGUCAUCAAGGUAGUCGAUGACCGGACAGGCAAACCCAUCUGUAACCCGGAUGUCUGUCCUACCAUGUCUGCCAGUGGUCACACAUAUACCUGGCUCGACAACAACAAAAAGCCCAUCAAGAUCCCCGCCAUCCAGUACAUCAACCUUGUACAAAAGUGGAUCGUGGGCAAGAUCAACGACCCAAACAUCUUCCCUACAGACACCACAGCCAUCUCAAUUGGAACGACAACCUAUGCCUCUGGCUCCCUAACUCCCAACUCGACGCCACAGCCUCUGGGACCUACAUCCCUCAACCAGCCCGUAUCCCAGUUGGCCGGACGCGAGUGGCUCGGCAAGUCAUCCGGCUUCCCUGAAACCUUCGAGGGCGACAUCAAGAGCAUCUACCGCCAGAUGAUGCGGUGCUACGCCCACAUCUACCACGGCCACUGGCUGGAACCCUUCUGGAACGUGAGUGCAUACAAGGAACUCAACACGUGCUUUAUUCAUUUCAUCAAUGUUGGCAAGCUCUUCAACCUCAUUGGCGACAAGGAGAUUGAGCCCAUGCAGCCGCUGGUCGACCUCUGGGCGGAGAAGGGGCUGCUUCCUCCCGUUACUGCUGCCAAGGAGAAUGCUCCGCCUGCGUCUUGAAGAUAGUUCUGUCUACCACUACUACAAUUACCUUUUGAAUUUGUCAAUCGACCAAAGAAUAAGCAUGUGGGUAACCCCAUUUGACAUGGAGGCCCCUCCCAAAAUCCAUACGAGGCCGUCCAUAUUUCUGCAUUGUACAUGUAGCCCGAAACCGAGUCAAAGGCGAGGACGAUGAUGAUGAUGAUGAUGACGAUGAUUGGCGUUCUGGCAUG